AGCGAAUUAUGGCAAAACAUUUGUACGGUCGUAUACAGACAAGACAAGAGCUUGUAGAAACUUAAGGGAAUUGGGAAUUUAGAAUGAAAUUGGAGGAGCUGUUGGCAAAGGGAUCGUCAUCUUCGCCCCAGCAUGAAGAUGAGGACGAUGAUGAGAAAGGCGGUACUAGCGAAUUGGAGGCGAAAUCAAGCAAACCAACAAAUACUAUUGAUGAAGUAGAUGGAGAGGGGGUGGAAAACGACAAUGGUGAAGAUUAUGAAGAGAAGGGUAAAAAAAAAGGUACACGAAAGAAACGUUCCCUCAAUUGGGAGGAAGCUGAGCGAGGACUUCUUUUAGAGGUCAUUAAGACAAAAGUAGCAUUUGUGGAGAAUAGAAGUGUUGAUGCAAAAAGCAUAAAAGCUAAGCGGCUAGCAUGGAGUCAAAUCACAAAGCAAUUUAAUUCAAUGAACUUUCGACAUCGAUUGCUGGAACAGAUUCAGGUUCAAUGGCGAAGCAUGAAGAACACAGCUAAACGAGAAUACCAGCAAAAGCAUCCAAAAGGCGAUGCACUGGAGGGCAUGCGCAUUAUAGAAUUCAUGGAGGAGCUACAUAAGGAUCCCGUUAACUCGCGCAGCCAAACUCGCAGCGCUCCCAAUGGUGGAGUUGGAGGCGGCGGACUGAAAAAGGAGAUUCUUGAUAUCGACGAAGAUGAAGACAUGCCACUGGCCGCACAUUUGCCCAAUGCCACAAAUGCCAGCGAGGACACAUUGCAAACAUCGACAAUUGCCAUACCCUCACCACCGCCGUCCACUGCUGGAGGGGAUGGCGAUUCUCAGCCAGAAUGUGCCAAGCCACCUGGCCCACCCAACCCCAAUCGACGUAAACGAGCCAAACUUGCAAACAAACUGGCUACGGCUAAUGAUAUUGCGGCUGUUGUAAUAGAUAGUGAAAAAGAUAAACCAGUUGCAGUUUUCUCAAGUUCUGAUACUCCAAUGCGAAGCAAACGUCGACAGCGAAACCACUCGCAGGCGCAGUCUGUAAUGUCUGAUGACAUGAAUGAAGCCACCUCGAAUAUGGCGACGACAAUGUCGUCUGCUCAAACAGACACAAUAAGCAUUGCCAAUAUGGAACAAAAGUAUAAACAGGAACUUUUUAAACUAUUGAAACAGGCGCGAUUGGCCGAAAUUGAUUACGCACGCCGAGAACAUGAACAAAAACUGCGUUUUGAACAAAUGGAGCAGGAUCUCAAGCUGCAUCACAUGCGCGAAGAACAUGAUCUAAGGUUGAGGCAACAGCGACGGGAGCAUGAGGCCCGUCUUAGAGUAUACAGCAUACCCGGCUUUGGCAGACUGAAUGGUAACGGAAACCCAGAAGAUACUCUACCGCCUACCACAACAUUCUCUGGAAGAUGUAAUGCCAAAACAAAUCAGUCGGACUAUAAUAUUUUACACACGCCACCGCCACAACCAUCGACCAGUGGAGAUGAUGAAACGCUAGGGCUUAAUGCCGCUUACAAUUAAUGAGGACAUUAAAACAAUAGAAAUAACUUAAAAUUUAGCUUGAAAUACGUUUAGAGAAAUGUACCCAAAAUCUCAAUCACAGACUCACUCGUCAUACUCAGACUCAAGUUGCCACAAAAGGACUGCAAGACAGCCACGAAAAUUGCAUUUUCAAGAUAAUGUAUUAGUAUUAUAUAUUUCUGUAUCUGUAUUAUCUACUAAGAAUUGUGUAUGAAUUUUUUAAAACGCGGUUGUGUUGUCACAAAAAAAUACUCAGACAGACUCUGAAACUAAGUUCCCACUCAUUCAGUCAGUAUUCGUAUUCUCAAUUAUCCACUGUUUUUUUUUUUUAAC